CUUGUUUUUUCUUUCGUCUGUUUUUUCCUCUCCUCUUCCCUCUCUUCUUCUCCAAUUCACGUUCGUUAUUUUUCUUCCAUUUACAAACCCAAACCCUAACAUCAAUCCUUCUCUCUCUCUCUCUCUCUCUGUCAAAAGAGCUGAAAGAAAGAAUGUCAGGUUCAUGGAGCAAACUCCAAAAAGCGCUGUCGUUUAGGCAACCUAAAUCUUCUCCAGAGAAUGCAUCCUCUGAUCCCAAAUCACCACCUUCCAGUCGCCUGCCCUCUGCCGCAUCUUCAUCCACUUUCUCCCGUUUCUCCAGAAGCUUCAGUAGCACCUCCCGAUCCUCUAAGCGAACAUGUGCCAUUUGCCUUGGGAGUAUGAAACCAGGGAAUGGUCAGGCCAUAUUCACUGCUGAAUGCGUCCACUCAUUCCACUUCAGCUGCAUUGCUAACAGUGUUAAACAUGGAAACUACCUCUGCCCCAUCUGCAGAUGCAAAUGGAAAGAGAUUCCUCUUAUGUCGUCCUUCAGUACGGAUGCAAACACUAAUAAUGCUGGGCGGACUCGUGUCUCUCCACUUGAAGAUAAUUCCCUUGACAACAUUCCUCUUGUUCCACCACCCGUGUCUCUGCCCCUUCCUGAGCCCCUUCACUUCUCUGAUGAUGAACCUCUUCCCAGCAUCACUGUGGAUCAGACUCCCUCCCCUUCCACUAUUCAUCCAGAGGCUGUAGUCUUGAAAGCUUUCCCUGAAUAUUCUGCAGUUGCUGCUUCUGGAACUAUGUCAAGAUUUGCUGUUCUUGUUGGAGUAAGGGCACCCCCACUUGCUGAAGAUGCUCGGCACCAAGAGCGUGCCCCUAUUGACCUGAUCACAGUUCUAGAUAUUAGUGGCAGUAUGGCUGGAUCAAAAUUGACUCUCCUAAAGCAAGCAGUUUGUUUUGUCAUAGAUAACUUGGGGCCUUCUGACCGUCUAGCUAUAGUUACCUUUUCAUCAGGAGCUCAAAGAAACUUCCCCUUGCGAAGGAUGACAGAACAAGGGCGUAGAGAGGCUGCACAGGCUGUCAAUGCCAUUUCAGCAAAUGGUGGGACAAACAUCGUGGAAGGACUCAAGAAGGGGGUUCGAGUUCUUGAAGAAAGACGUGAAAGGAACCCAGUUGCAAGCAUUGUUCUCUUGUCAGAUGGGAGAGACACCUAUAACUGUGAUAAUGCCAACCAACGGCGAAGUCCUCGGUACCGGAGAUCCACAAAUGCAGCCUCAGGUCCCGACUUUCUGAAUCUAUUGCCUUCUUCCAUUUGUCCUCGCAAUAGAGAAGCACUAGCAGCAGGACAGCUGCCAACUUUCCAUGUACAUACGUUUGGAUUCGGUUUAGACCAUGAUUCCUCUGCUAUGCAUGCUAUCUCAGAUGCAUCAGGUGGUACAUUUUCGUUCAUUGAGACUGUUGGUACUGUUCAAGAUGCCUUUGCAAUGUGUAUUGGUGGUCUCCUCAGUGUUGUAGCCCAGGAACUUAAGCUUACUGUUAGGUCAGCAUCACGUGGAGUAGAUAUUGUAUCCAUCCCUUCAGGAAGAUAUGCAAGUGAAAUUUCUGAACAGGGAAAUCAAGGGGUAAUAAACAUCGGCAACCUGUAUGCAGAUGAGGAAAAAGAAUUCCUUGUCUACUUGUCUGUUCCCUCAGCUGAAAUUGAGCAAAGCGCAGCAAAGACCUCUCUGUUGCAAAUUACAUGCAGUUACAAGAAUACCACAUCCGAAGAAAUGGUCAGUGUGGAGGGUGAGACAGUUGAGAUACGUCGGCCACCAGUGCUGUCUCCUACAGAUGUGAUAAUAAGUCGUGAGGUUGAUAGGCAGAUAAACAGGCUGGCAGUAGCAGAAACCAUUGCAGAGGCACAACAAUUGGCAGAAAUGGGAAAUCUUGAGGGUGCUCAAGCCGUGCUAACUAACCGAAGAGCCACUCUUCUAUCUUCUGUAUCCUCCCAAGCAGGCGAUGCUCUCUGUAGCUGGCUUGACACAGAACUGACUGAAAUCAGAGAGAGGAUGGCAAGCAGGGAGCGCUACGAACAAACAGGACGAGCCUAUGUCCUCUCGGGUUUGAGCUCACAUUCUUGGCAAAGAGCCACAACUAGAGGAAACACCACAACACAAAUAAUACUGCAAGGUGGUAGCUCAAGCAAUAGUGGCGCCACCAUUUAUGAAACUCCAUCUAUGGUCAACAUGAUCUCAAAGUCACAGAACUUAAGUCUUGUUAAUCGUGCUGAUCAAGUUCCCCGCCAGAACAAGACAUGCAACUUACCUCCUCCACCAUCCUAGCAAACAUUUCUGACCUCAUUCGUUCUCAGUAUGAUAGGCAAUUGAACACUGCAAAUUCUGUGGCAUUUGACUCUGCUAUACUUUUGUUUUUUCGUUCCAUUUUUUUUUUGUUUUAGUUCUCCAAGGAUCAUUUGCAUAUCAGAUUCUUUUAGACCGACAACUCUACAUAUUGUAAUAAUAUGUUAGAGAUAACUGCUCGUCUGCUGACCUCCUUUUUGUGAACAGCGUGCCUUUAUUUAC